AUGGCAUCGGACAAAGAGGUUGAAAGUGUAAUAGUGGGGAACUAUAUGGAAAUGGAAACUGAAGGGAAGCCUAAGGAUAUUAAAUCCAGGUUAUUAAGCAUGCUAUGGCAUGGGGGUUCUGUUUAUGAUGCCUGGUUUAGCUGUUCUUCAAACCAGGUGGCUCAAGUUCUGCUUACGUUGCCGUACUCAUUUUCCCAGCUAGGAAUGCUUUCUGGAACUCUUUUUCAACUCUUCUACGGCUUGAUGGGUGGGUGGACGGCUUACCUCAUCAGCACACUCUAUGUUGAAUACAGAACCAGAAAAGAGAGAGAGAAAGUUAAUUUCAGGAACCAUGUCAUCCAGUGGUUCGAGGUUCUUGAUGGGCUCCUCGGGAGCCAUUGGAGAAAUGUGGGUUUGGCCUUUAACUGCACAUUUCUUCUAUUUGGAGCUGUAAUCCAACUCAUAGCUUGUGCAAGCAACAUAUAUUACAUAAAUGACAAUCUAGACAAGAGGACUUGGACUUACAUCUUUGGAGCAUGCUGUGCCACCACUGUAUUUAUCCCUUCCUUCCACAACUACAGAAUUUGGUCCUUUCUGGGCCUCCUCAUGACCACUUACACUGCUUGGUACCUUGCUGUUGCCUCUCUCCUUCAUGGCCAGGUGGAAGGGAUUAAGCAUUCGGGUCCAACCAAAUUGGUUCUAUAUUUUACGGGGGCCACAAACAUUCUCUACACAUUCGGGGGACAUGCCGUCACUGUGGAGAUAAUGCACGCGAUGUGGAAGCCUCAAAAAUUUAAGGCCAUAUACUUACUGGCUACUCUGUAUGUGCUUACACUGACGCUCCCAUCAGCAGCUGCAGUAUACUGGGCAUUCGGAGAUAUGCUUCUAAAUCACUCCAACGCUUUUUCUCUCCUUCCAAGAUCACCCUUCCGGGACAUGGCUGUCAUUUUAAUGCUCAUUCACCAGUUUAUAACAUUUGGGUUUGCAUGCACGCCACUAUAUUUGAUGUGGGAGAAAGCAAUAGGGAUACACGAGUGUAAGAGCUUGUGCAGGCGUGCUUUGGCGAGAUUACCAGUGGUGAUCCCCAUAUGGUUCUUGGCCAUAGUUUUCCCCUUCUUUGGACCCAUUAACUCCACCGUUGGAUCCCUACUUGUCAGCUUCACCGUUUACAUCAUCCCUGCCCUCGCCCACAUGUUCGCCUUCAAAUCACCUGCUGCUCGAGAGAAUGCGGUGGAGCAACCUCCCAGGUUCGUGGGAAGAUGGGUGGGUGCCUACACGAUCAACGUAUUUGUGGUGGUGUGGGUCCUAGUGGUAGGCUUUGGAUUCGGUGGAUGGGCGAGUAUGGUCAACUUCAUACACCAGAUUGAUACAUUCGGUUUCUUCACCAAAUGUUAUCAGUGUCCAAGUACAUUUCCUUCUAUGCUGAACGCCACCGCGCCUUCCCCUCGUCGUCACUGA